CUGGCUUGAAUCAUGUCUUCUGCAAAGGACCCUAUAAAGGUUUCGUUAAUACCCGGGAGCUCAAAUGAAAAAUCUUCUGGUACACCUGCACACUGGAAAGACGCGAAAGGAAGCUUGUUCCAGAACCCAUGGCCGAGUUAUCGUGACUUGGCAUUCAUGGAUGCCAUAGGAUAUUCGUACAAGUUUUUCCUCAGUAUGCCAAAGAUACCUAGCGACGUUACGACGCGGAUUCCCAGCGUCCGACCCACUUGGGGGACGACGACGUCCUCAGGUGGGCCAGAUAACGCGGAUAAGAUCAAAGCAACUUGGCUGGGGCAUGCAUGUUUUCUGGUUGAAUUGCCCGUGCGGCAGUCCACUGAGUCUCCUGCGCCGUCACGUGGCGCAAGAAUAUUGUUUGAUCCGGUGUUCAGUGAUAGAUGUUCUCCGGUUCAGUGGUUUGGGCCGAAACGAUAUACACAGCUUCCAUGUGAAAUCGCUGAGAUCCCUGAAGUCGAUGCUAUAGUCAUCUCGCAUAAUCAUUAUGACCACUUAGACGCAGAUACCAUUCGAGCAUUCUCCAAACGUCCUAACCCUCCACACCUCCUAGCACCACUCGGGAACGGCGAGAUUCUACGUUCCCUCGGAGUAUCAAACGAGAGAAUACACUGCCUUGACUGGUGGGAAGGUAGACGUGUAGAAGUUGAAGUCGGUUCUUCUUCCUCCUCCAAAGAUGGUGAUAAGAGUAAGAGUGCGACGGCUACUGUAGCUUUCGACGUUACAUGCACGCCAAGCCAACAUCAGUCUGCACGAUCUAUACAUGAUAGGUUUAGGACUCUUUGGGGUAGUUGGGUCGUACAAGAGGUCCUUCCGCAAUCAGACUCUAAGUCUAUCAGUACCGAAUCAGAUGCAAAGUCGCAACAAGAGGGAAUGAAAGUGUAUUUCGCUGGAGAUACAGGAUAUCGCACCGUACAGAAAGGAGAAGAUGAAGAUGAAGUGCCGUUUUGUCCUGCGUUCAAGGAGAUUGGGGAACGGUGGGGUAGUUUUGACUUGGCGUUGAUACCAAUUGGUGCCUAUGAACCACGCGAGUUCAUGUCUAGAUUCCACUGCGCUCCACAAGACAGUGUACGCAUCUUCAAAGAUAUUCGUGCGAAGAAGGCUCUCGGUAUGCACUGGGGAACGUGGUUGCUAACGAUGGAAGACGUGACUGAGCCUCCACGAAAGCUUGCCGAAGAGUGCAAGAAGCUAGACAUCCCGGAUGAAGAUUUUGGAGUCUGUGAUUUGGGCGAGACAGUAUUUUUCUGAACUUAUCACCAAGAUUACUAUUUGCAUGGUUGCCUGUGAUGGCAGUAGACUCAUACACAUCUUACUCGUACUUUGUUAGAUAAUUUCUCCUAUUGUGAUGUGUAUUCAUUUAUAUAUCUGUUAAUUAGUAUUAUGCUCUUAUGCCCAAGAAACGACAGAAUGUAUGACCGACAACCGGUCAAAUCUGUAACAACCCAAGAAAGACAUUUCCCUUUUCCCUAGCUCUAUACACCAUCGUACGACGCGCCUCCCACCUUUCUAAGACGAACAAUUAUACCCUCCUCGUCUAGUUGAUCCUUCUCAGAAGCAGUCACUUCGAUGGAGAACACGCGAAGGACGCUUUUGACGUCCGCGGCCUGCACGGAUAUUUUGGCUUUUCGCAUGACCUUGCAGCUCUUGCCGAUCCAUUUGACAAAGAUGAAUUUCUCGCGCUGCGACUCCUUGUCAUUGGAAUACGCAACACGGACGUAAGCGUACGAAGCCUUCGAAUCGUCCAGCUUCUCCUUCAACUCGGCAAGACCUCCAGAACCCGAAGCCGUAAGAACCAGCUUGUCCGAGCGGUCAGACUCGUAGUCGAGAAGACACCAGUUCGUAUCGCUCUUGUCCGAGCGAACGUCCAUGUACGCUUCGUCGAUCUGCGGGUCUGACACGUCGGCCAUGGCGUUCGGCAGAAGAGGAGGGAGUUGGGAGAAUUGGAAGAGAGAAGAGAGUGAAGGCGGUUGAGAGGCAAGAUUAGUGUC